AGUUGAAUUGCAUUGUAAACAGAAGAAUCGUCUGCUCGGGCUUUGCAAAGGCUGUUUGUUGCCGCCUUACAAAUCGCAGUAAACUCUGCCAGAUCGCAAAACAUUAUCAACAAUGAGCUCUUCAAAGAUUCAGCAAAGUAUAAAAGAAGGUUUCAAACUAAAUUGGAUGAAUCUUAGAGAUGCUGAGAGUGGAAAAGUACUGUGGCAAGGAAGUGAGGACAUAUCUUUAUCAGGUGUAGAACAUGAAGCAAGAGUACCCAAAAAAGUUCUAAAGUGCAAAUCAGUGUCAAGGGAAAUCAAUUUUACAUCUAGAGAAGAAAUGUCAAGGUUUCGGCUAGAACAACGUGUCAUGUUUAAAGGAAAAUGUAUAGAAGAGUGGUAUUUUGAGUUUGGAUUUGUUAUUCCUGAAUCAACAAAUACUUGGCAAUCAUUAAUUGAAGCUGCUCCAGAAGACCAGAUGAUGCCUGCAAAUGUUUUGAAUGGCAAUGUUGUGGUUGAGACAAAAUUCUUUGAUGAUAACAACCUCAUAAGCACAUCAAGAGUCAGACUAUUUUAUGUAUAAGACAAUAUGGACAGGAGGCAAUCAGGAUUGUAAAUAUGAAUUAAACUUUUGCCAUGUAGAGACAAAGUGCAACUUGCUUUUCCCACAUAAAUAGGUUGUUGGAGGCAAUAUUCAUUUUGCCUUUCCAUCAUUCUUAGCUAAGCCUUAAUCAUUGCAGCAGCCAAAGGGACAGUGCCUUCAUCGUAGUUUAAACUCAUUAUCAUGGUAAUGAUGAUAACAGAGUAUAUAAAACCAAUUCUUUUCCCUUCUGUCUUCAAAAGUCUCGUUUUGAACUAGCUUUAUAAUAACAAACUAUUGAUAAGAGUGAUUUAAUUACCGUGGCAGUAUUUUGUUUUUUUAGUUUUUCCUAUUUUUUAUCAUAUCGCACAUUCUUGGUUCCCUUCUCAUUUAUGUUUAGUUGUUUAUUAUUGCAUCAAAAUAAACAAACCACUUAUUUAUGUAUUCUAAUAGCUCCCUUAAAUGUAGCAAAGCAUGAUACAAAAAACAGAAUCCUGAGAUUUAAACUUAUGAAAAGAUAAAGAGUUUGACUUUGCAAUUUAACAUAAACAAGCAUGAAACAUAUAAGAAAGAUCCAUAUGUUUGUUGCUUUGAUGUCACAAAUUGCAUAUUUUCUCUGCUUUUCAUUUGAAUCCCCAUUAAAAUAAUCAGAUAACCAUUCUUGGUGCCAUACAUUUGAUUUGCAACAUCAACCUCCAUUCCUGGUUGAUUGACAAAUCCACUUUUCAAGAAAAGUUGCCAAGAAAAUAUUUCAAUGUUUUUUCAGAUAAGAUAUUUUUGCAAAUGGAAAGGCAUUCACUCCCUUUCUUUCUAGAAUUUAUUUCUAUAGUGAUUUUAAUAGCUAGAGAUUACUUGACUGACUUAACUCAUAACCUUGAUUGUUGACUAUGGAGUAUUAAGAUCUUAGAUUCAUUCAUUGAUUAAAAAUCUUGAUGAAAAUCUAAACUUUU